ACAAAGACAGCCAGCUUUUAUGAAAUACAAAGUUGCACUUCAUUCUAGCUGGCAGUGUGUUGGUGUUCAUUUGGCUGAUCAAAAUAACUUCUCUAUCGCUGUGCUGUUGGACAAUCAUUCAAAUUGUCACAGAAAAGAAACAAGAAAUGGAAUCAAAUGGAGCUUGUGAAGCGUUUCAGCCCAAAUGGAUUUCAUGUUUACACACUUGUCCAUCAGCUGAGCAGCCUCAGGUAUCCGGAGAGAUGUUGAGAUGUCCUCAAAGCAAGCAGUGCCGAGUCUGAACCUGAGCAGCAGGAGGACGCCAGAGACCUCUCCGGGUUUGGAGCACCGAGGCUCCGGCUCCUUCCUCUCCUGCGAUGAGCUGCAGAAACCCUCACACCUUCCUCCUCCUCCUCCUCUCCCAAACCGCCUCGGUCUGCGCGGGGAUCUGUACGCAGCCGCCAUGGGGAGGUUUGGUGAUGCUGCGGCGGGCUUUACGCACGGCGCUGUUCCGGCCAACGCGCCCGGCUCCCCGUCCAAACACAACAAAUUCAUGGAGAGUAUAAACCAGGAUCAGAAGGGGUCAGCGAUCAGCGGCAAGCCGGCAUUUUAUGAGCACAACUCCGAAGUCAGAGACAAAGGAGCUCCAAAGACUAUGGGCUAUCCUGGUAUUGGCACGGACUGCUGUGGAAAGCUGAAAGAGUCCGGAGGCGGUUUACACGGGGACUCCAUCGCCGACUCCAUCGACUUAUCGGGCAAAAACAAGAAGCGGCGCAAUCGCACUACGUUCAGCACCUUUCAGCUGGAAGAGCUGGAGAAAGUGUUUCAGAAGACGCACUACCCUGACGUGUACGCCCGGGAGCAGCUCGCCCUCAGGACGGAGCUCACAGAGGCUCGGGUUCAGGUCUGGUUCCAGAAUCGUAGAGCCAAGUGGAGGAAACGAGAACGCUACGGGAAGAUCCAGGAGGUCCGCAACCACUUUGCUGCUACCUAUGAUAUCUCUCUUCUCCCUCGCCAUGACACAUACCAGAUGCAGGGCAAUCUAUGGCCCGGAACAGCUUCAGGAGGCGGCGGUGCUUCGGGUGCUGGCUGUGUCCUGGGUGCUGACUCCAUCCCCUCCUCCUGCAUGAGCCCGUACCCUCACCCCCACGGCAACCUACAGGGCUUCAUGGGCAUGCCCACAUCCCCCGGCCAUCCCCACCACCACCACCAUCACCACCCGCCCCACCAUCCCGGCAUCAACGGCCUCUACUCACUCCACAGCUUCCCAGGAGGCCUCGGGCCCCCUUCAAUCGAGGGACCAGAGGCCGAAUACAAGCCGACUGGCCUGGUGGCGCUACGCAUGAAAGCCAAAGAGCCUGGCAGCCUUCUCUCCUGGCCCACAUGACCACAAUAAUGCCAGCUCCCCACUAUGCACUGACUGAGCCAAAGCAUAUUACAUUCCCGACCCAUACGCAGUCCCUGAAGUACACACCCAGCUCAGCAUUGACUCAGAUAUUCCUCUUAACAAGUAUGUAAGCUAUCACGGAGACUUUUCACUAUUCAGAAGAGAAUGGGAUAAGAAUUUGAUUCUUUUUAUAGGAUUUUCUAUUUCUAUUAAUAGGAACUUUAUGUUUCCGUUUUAAGUUGGAUAUCACAAUGCUGAGACCAGGAAAACUUAUUUAAGCAUGUAAAGAUUGUAAUUAUCAUAUUAAUCAUUGUUUUUUUUUAAAUGUCUGUUGUGCUUUAUAGCGUGAGCAGUAAUAAAGGCCUCCAUCUUAAUCAUGUUUCUCAUUCAGUAGGAAGCUAUUUUCAGAAACGGGGACUCAAAUAUUUAACAAAAGUAACAUCUGCUGGAAUAAUUUCAACCAUUACGAGACGUAAAAAACGAUAACCCAGGCGAGUUAAGCAAAGUGUGUGUCAAAAACACAACUGUGAUGUGGCUGUGUGACAUACAGUAAAAUGCUUCAGUGUGGUUGCCAAAAGCCAAAGAUGUCUGCUGUGCAGGAAGUGAGUUUCUUUGCAUUCUGGAAGGCUACACAGAGACGAUACAUGUGCAGCCUACUUUGCCUCUCCUCAAGAGGCCUUAAGGUUGGCAGCUCAUGUAUCGGGGGCAAGUGGCUGAUUCAUUAAUGGAAAAAAUAACUGUGUGACCACACCUCACUGUUGAUGAUGAUCAAGGAGUGAGCCAAAGAUGAAUCACAAAUAACUCCACAUUUGAUCAACUGGGUCAUGAAGUACAGUGAAACCUGAGAAAUCAGGGAUUCCAAGAGCCAAGAGCAUUUUUGACUGGAUGAUAUUUAUUGAGGUCAG